GCACUUUGACUAAUCUUGGGGGCCGAUUUCACCACUUUCUUGCAGGUGUCUCAAUUAAAGUUAGAGCAAAAUUUUGUGUGAAGACUUUGAAUUGGCCUCAAAAGAUUUGAUAGCACCCGUGAGGUUUUAAAUUUGAAAGCUUAAUAUAGGUGAACUCCUAAGUCGCAGGUCUCAACGACUAAGGCGAAACCUUGGGGUUAGAUGAUCGAGUCAAUUUAUUGACGAUGAACAACCUAGUUAUUUUAACCUUUUUAUGUUUUUCCAAAAUGAAUACAUUCUUGAAAGCAGACACAAAGAAGAAAAGAAUUCUAGGCUUGGGAUCGAAUUUGCCUGUGCUUUUCCAAGAAAGCACGUACUAUAAAUUAAAUACCGAAGGCUAUGCAUGAAGCAAUGUUCCUGAUUGAGUAAAGAGCACAAUCCCUUCGAUGACAGUGCGUUCUGCAAGCCAUUGAUGGAUAUAGAGAGUAGAGUCUUUUUAUCAACUAAAGUUUUAGGGUCUAUAUGUCCUCGCGCUUAAGACAUACUCAAAAUUUAAAUUAGAAAAGUACUCAGCAAGGUGUUUAAUCUGUAGAUUCAAGGAUGAUUUGACAUGUAUCCAAAUAUUCUCUGUCACAAAUAUUUUUUGGCAAUAUAUGUAUUAUUUUUUCAUGGCCUUCUACAAUUUACCAUGUACUCCCAAAGAAUGGUUGGGAUAUAUAAACAUAUAUGCGUAUGUAUGUGUAGGUAUUAUCCUGAUUCUUGGUUCUUAAUUAUUUAUGAUCAAUAAAAUAAAACAAAUUGGAUUAGUUGUACGACAUAUGGUUGAUUAUAGGAAUAGGGAGAUAUUAUUCGGUGAUGAAACCGUUGAUUUCGCAACCUUUUUUAGUUACAAUUUAUGCAACUUUUUCGCACAUACAUUUGUGCGAUUUUGAGACUACAGAAAUAAAAAUAAUAAUUUCUUCAGUAAUGGUUGUAUAUGAUCCGGAUUGAACCGGUUCUGUAGAAAUCCAUGAACCGAACCAUAUUACACAUAUGUAACCAUACCAUUAAACCGGUCCAAUUUGGUUCGAUGUUCAGUUCUAAAACAUGAAUAUAUGGAGUAUAAUAUUCCAAAGCCCGGCACUAAUUGACAUUAAAAAAAAGCCCAUUUAUUUUUCCAGAAGCGUAGUGCCCAAGUAAAAAUAAAAUCGUUCAUUCCUAAACCGAACAGGAUCAAACUUCCUCACCACGGCUCCGUAUAAGAGCUGGACGAACUCUUGGGUUUCGUUCAUAAUUCCAACUCGGGGUGGGAAAGACUCAUUCAUACUCUAGGGUUUCGAUCUCUUCUACGGGUAAGUUCCGAAACACACACUCUCUCUCUCUCUCUCGCAUCCAAUCAUACGUCAAUUCCUGCAUAUAGAGAACGUAUACCUAAAUCUGAAUUGAGUUAGCUGCACUAAUAAUCAUCAGUGGGUUUAGUUAUGAAGGGAGGCAAGGGUUUGAAGAAAUUAGAGUACCUUUCAUUGGUCUCAAAGGUAUGUACGGAGCUCGAGUCAAAUCUAAGGUUGAGGGACAAGGUUUUGGCCGAAUUCAUCACCGACAUUGGUCGGAACUGUGAAAAACUCGAGGAUUUCGCCGCCCAAUUGAAGCAGCACGGCGCCGUAAUGCCCGACUAUUUCGUCCGUACGCUGUUAACUAUUAUUCAUGCUAUUUUCCCCCCCAAUCCCAAGUCGAAAUCAGCCAAGGAAUCCGAGGGAGAAAGCAAGAAAUCGAGUUUUCCAGGUCGGAAGAUUGGUGAUGGUAGAAAGAGAGUGAAGGAGCUAGAGAGGGAAAUCGAGACGGAAACGAAGGAUGAUGAUAGGAGGGAGAGGAGAAGGAAUGAUAGGCAUGGGUCGGACGGGCCCGAACUGUAUCAGGUGUACAAGGGUAGAGUGUCGACAGUUUUGGAAAAGGGUUGCUUUGUUAAGCUUAGUGAGUUUAGGGGUAAAGAGGGUCUGGUCCAUGUUUCCGAGAUUGCAACUGGAAGAAGGAUUCGCAAUGCGAAGGAUGUUGUGAAACGCAAUCAGGAGGUUCAUGUGAAAGUGAUAUCUGUUUCGGGCCAGAAGUUGAGUCUUUCGAUGAAGGAUGUUGAUCAAAAUACUGGUGAAGACCUACUUCCGCUGAAAAAGAGGUCGGGCGAUGAUUAUGCUUUUAGGACUAAUCCUUUGGGAUCAAAUAGUGAGGAGCCGAAGACUAUGACAGGUCUUUCUGGGAUUAGAAUCAAUAAAGAAGAUGUUCCUGUUCCUGUUCCGUCACGCCGACCCUUGAAGAGGAUGAGUUCACCUGAGCUAUGGGAAGCUAAUCAGAUGGUGGCUGCAGGAGUUAUUACGAGUGUAAGGGAGAACCCCGUGUACGAUGAAGAAGGCGAAGGUGCUGUAUAUCGAGAAGAGGGUGCUGAGGAAGAGCUUGAAAUCGAGCUAAAUGAAGAUGAACCAGCCUUUUUGCAAGGACAAAGCCGGUACUCUGUGGACAUGUCACCUGUUAAGAUUUUCAAGAAUCCUGAAGGGUCCUUGAGUCGUGCAGCAGCCCUCCAGUCUGCUCUCGUAAAGGAGCGGAGAGAAGUGAGGGACCAGCAGCAGAGAACAAUGCUUGAUUCUAUUCCCAAAGAUCUCAACCGUCCAUGGGAAGACCCGAUGCCGGAGACAGGCGGGAGGCAUCUAGCACAAGAGCUCAGGGGUGUUGGUUUAUCGGCAUACGACAUGCCUGAAUGGAAAAAGGAUGCUUUCGGGAAAUCCCUGACGUUUGGUCAGAGAUCAAAGCUUUCUAUCCAGGACCAGAGAGAGAGCUUGCCUAUUGCCAAAUUGAAGCAUGAAUUGAUUCAGGCUGUGCGUGACAAUCAGGUUUUGGUUGUAAUCGGUGAGACAGGUUCAGGGAAAACAACACAAGUCACGCAAUACCUAGCUGAGGCAGGGUACACUACCAAGGGAAAGAUUGGGUGCACUCAGCCUCGUAGGGUAGCUGCAAUGUCGGUGGCCAAAAGGGUUGCUGAAGAAUUCGGCUGCCGAUUGGGUGAGGAGGUUGGAUACGCCAUUCGUUUUGAGGAUUGUACCGGACCCGAUACCGUGAUUAAGUAUAUGACUGACGGUAUGCUUCUGAGAGAGAUUUUGAUUGAUGAGAAUUUAUCAAAGUAUGCAGUUGUAAUGCUUGAUGAAGCUCAUGAGAGGACAAUCCACACUGAUGUGCUUUUUGGACUACUGAAGCAACUUGUGAAGAGGAGGCCUGAUCUUCGAUUGAUUGUCACUUCUGCAACAUUAGAUGCUGAGAAAUUUUCAGGGUAUUUCUUUAACUGCAAUAUUUUCACAAUUCCUGGAAGAACUUAUCCCGUGGAGAUACUCUAUACCAAACAGCCAGAAAGUGACUACCUUGAUGCAUCUCUUAUCACUGUAAUGCAAAUCCACUUGACAGAACCUGAGGGUGAUAUUCUCCUCUUCUUAACCGGUCAAGAGGAGAUUGAUCAUGCAUGCCAGUGUCUUUAUGAGAGGAUGAAAGGGUUAGGAAAAAAUGUUCCUGAAUUAGUUAUUUUACCGGUUUACAGUGCGCUUCCAAGCGAAAUGCAAUCUAGGAUCUUUGAACCUGCUCCUGCUGGAAAGAGGAAAGUGGUCGUGGCAACCAAUAUUGCAGAAGCCUCUUUGACAAUUGACGGCAUAUUUUAUGUGAUUGACCCCGGUUUCGCGAAGCAAAAUAUUUACAAUCCGAAACAAGGGCUUGAUUCACUGGUUAUAACUCCCAUUUCACAAGCAUCAGCCAAACAGCGAGCUGGCAGAGCUGGGCGAACCGGCCCCGGAAAAUGUUAUCGCCUUUACACCGAAAGCGCUUUUCAUAACGAAAUGUCUCCUGCCUCUGUUCCAGAAAUACAAAGGAUUAAUCUUGGAAUGACUACUCUUACAAUGAAAGCAAUGGGGAUAAAUGAUCUCCUAUCAUUUGAUUUCAUGGACCCGCCUUCUCCCCAAGCUCUCAUUUCUGCCAUGGAACAGCUGUACAGUCUUGGAGCUCUGGACGAGGAGGGGCUUCUGACUAAAUUGGGUAGGAAAAUGGCGGAAUUUCCACUGGACCCACCGUUGUCUAAGAUGCUACUAGCCAGUGUAGAUCUUGGGUGUAGUGAUGAGAUUUUGACAAUCAUUGCGAUGAUUCAGACCGGAAACAUCUUCUACAGGCCGAGAGAGAAACAAGCCCAGGCGGAUCAAAAGAGAGCCAAGUUUUUCCAGCCUGAGGGAGAUCAUCUGACAUUACUUGCUGUGUACGAGGCUUGGAAGGCGAAUAACUUUUCGGGUCCGUGGUGUUUUGAGAAUUUUGUUCAGUCUCGUUCCUUGAGGAGGGCACAGGAUGUCCGUAAGCAGCUUCUCACCAUCAUGGACAGGUAUAAAUUGGAUGUCGUUUCUGCUGGGAAGAAUUUUACUAAAGUUCGCAAGGCCAUAACUGCCGGGUUUUUCUUCCAUGCCGGAAGGAAGGAUCCUCAAGAAGGUUAUAGAACUCUAGUUGAAAACCAACCAGUGUACAUACACCCCAGCAGUUCUGUGUUUCAGAGACAGCCGGACUGGGUUGUCUACCAUGAGCUAGUAAUGACUACGAAGGAGUACUUGCGAGAAGUGAUAGUUAUUGACCCCAAAUGGCUUGUGGAGCUUGCCCCAAGGUUCUUUAGAGCGGCGGAUCCCUCAAAAAUGAGCAAGCGCAAGCGUCAAGAACGGAUUGAACCACUUUAUGACAGAUACCAUGAACCCAACUCUUGGCGUUUGAGUAAAAGGCGUGCUUGAUUUUUUCUUUAUGAGUUGAGUUGAAUUUCGACCCAAUAGAUACUUACGCAAGAGAUACUUGGGGGUUACUUGUGACUUUUGUUUUGUUCAAUAGGAAAUCUUGUAAAUAUCAGCAAGUCAUGGUUCUCCUACCCCGUUUCAUACAAUAGACUUUCACUUCC